AAAUGGCUAUUCAGCGAAUCCAUACUUUUGAUAUCGAUUUUGAGAUUAUAAACGGAAGGACAUUUCGAGUAUUUCCUAAAAUCUGACAGACUGGACUAAAAAUAGAAGUUAACAAGCUGUAUAGAGCCUGUAUCUACUUUCGAAAAUGUCUUAUGCAUUACUUGAAAAUGAAUUAGAAAACGAGCAGUUUUUCAAACAAGAUGAAGGAAUGAGUAUCGGGAUAUUAUCAUAUGAGGCACUGAAUGAUCCGAUGCCGAAACAAGAUGUCCUAAAGGAAUCGGUUCCACUGCCGACGGAUAAGAAAUACCAUUUGUUUGUAUCCUACAGUUCAGAGGAUAGGGACGAUGCAAUCAAGAUAUGUGAUCAUAUGGAACAAAGAUUUCACAUGAAAUGUAUGAAUUUCGAGCGUGAUUUCAUCCCUGGAAAACAUAUUGAUGAUAACAUCGCGGAUGAAAUGCGGAGCAGUGUCAAAGUUCUCAUAAUUCUAAGUCCGAAUUAUACAAAAAGCCACUGGUGCGUUCAGGAGGCACGGGAGGCCUGCGAGUUAUCGUUCACAGAUUUAUCAGACUUGAAUGUAAUCCCAUUGAUGCUUCGGCCACUGGAUGGUAAAUUACCUCCGUUUUUGAAGUCCUUGGUUUAUAUCGAUGCACAGAGAGAGCUUGAUGUACCUGCAAAGAUACACGAAGCAUUUGUGCAUUCAGGUUCCAUUGAUCCUUUAUUCAGAAAUAGUAGUGAAAGGACGUUAUAUGCAAAUAAUGGAGCAUUUCUUUGCCAGAAGUUUGCAUCAAAAGCAAAUUUUUGGGAGCAUGGGUUUGCUUACCGGUUUCCGCCCCUGGAUGAUCACGAAAAAGUGAAAUUGGCUUCCUUUGAUCUCGAUCCUAUAAAGUGUGCCAAACAUUAUGAUUUCCUUACAAAGGAUUUGAAUGACAGAAUGCUUAUUCGGAACUAUCCAUUAUUUGUUUCUAAAUGGCGCUUUCUAUUGGUGUGUGUGAUGUUUCUGGGAACCACGUGUUUCUUUGCUGGAUUGGAUUUCAUGGAUGGCAAAAUACAUGAUCAAGACACACUAAACACUGUCAGCAUCGUUGUUAUCGUUUGGAUUUGCCCAUGUGCCUUUUGUUUUAUGUAUGUCUGUCGACGACGACUUUCCUCAUCAAUUCACCCCGUGUUACUCCGUCUCAACGUAGAGUUCUACACGACGAGUAAAUGCUUGAUUUUCUUUGAUAACAGUUCUGUUUCCAAACCCUCUCUCAACAUCUUUAAGUAUGAUGCCUCAGAGUGUCGGAAAUAUAUUUGUCUUGUGCUAGAGAAAAUGAGACCGGCCUUAAGUGAAGAAGAGAUCAAGAAAACAACGGAUGAUUUGUUUAAUGGGAAAUUGAGGGACUUGCAGCUGACCAAUGGCCUGAUUAAUUGGACAUCUUUGCCAGAGAGCGCCUCCAAACGUCACAACACUAGGAACUACAGAGCUUGCCUGUGUGAAAUGGUGGAAGAUAUUCUUAAUUCAGAGAGAAGAGAUACAAAUCGGGGAAUCAUCGAGGUCUGAAUAGAAUGGACACCAGAAUUACUAACAGUCACUAGAAGAAUCCCUCCAUUGUCGAGGUCUGAAUAGAAUGGACACGAAAAUUACUGACAUUCACUUGAAGAAUCUUAAUUAGUUUUAAUAUUAAGUUUGUUUUAACCAUAAAGCAAACACACACACACGCACGCACGCACGCACACACAUACACACACAUGCACGCACGCACACACACACCUCCGCCCAAAGGAAAAGGGUAAAACUACUGAGACUACUGAAUUGAAGUUGGUGAUGUAUAAAACUACUUUUAAAACGAUUAUUAGCCUAAGGUUUGAACUUUCACUAAAUCAACGACCCCAAUCAACCUAUAAAGUAUUCUAUACAAAUGAGGUUCUGCAAUAUAUAUGCAAAGGCUUCUUUACACCCAUUUCUGUUUCUUUCAAAUACUGACGUAGUAUCAUAUAGUUCCUUAAAGUACCUAUUUCUAAAAUAUUCUCGUGCUAAGAUAGCACACAAAUGUUUUGCGACAAGUUUUGAAACAUAUAUCGUAUGUUAUAAAGCAGCGUGUGUUGGAAGAGACUGCGUGCCUUGAAAGUUUGUAAACAAAAACGGACCGUAUAGCCAACCUAUGAUUUGUAUGAAAUGAAGUACUAAAGAUACAUGUAGCUACAUUGUAUUUAUAUAUACAUGAUAUAUCAUCAACUGUUGACCGUACACUGAAAUGAAAAGAUAUCUCCGUCUGUUGGUUUGCCACAGUGUACACUAGUAAACUAUUUUGGUUUGUAUAAUGAUGCUAAAUUGUGUGGUGGAAAUAUUGUAUCUACUAUUGCCUAAAAGGUCUACCGUAGACUGAAAUGUUUGUAUACACACGCAAGAUUUUGUUUUGAUCAAAAGAGCAAAUGUUCAUUAUAUGCAGCACUUGCUCUCUGUCAUUUAGAUUAUUCAAGUAGUUCAUGGUACUCUGGAUCACCCAAAGCACUGAAACAUAAAUCAAUCAUUUAUCAGAACGGGGUUAUUGUAUUCAUAUCAGAUUUAUCUCCAAGACAUUCAUUUAAGUACAAUGUUUUGAUACUUAAGAUUGUUAAAUGGGGACAGCAGAGUGAAACAAAUGAGAUUGAACCAUGUUUGUAAUAUUGCACAUAAAAAAGCUCCUGUCUAUCGUAGAACAAAUUUAACAAGUAUAUGAAUAAUGUGAUCAAUAUUAUAACACUAAAUCUGUAAGUAGUCCCGAUUUUAGAUUACCACCAAUCAAACUGUGCCAAGAUCAGACCUAGUAUCAUGACAUGCCAACUAACAUCAAGCAAUUACGAAAUCUUUUAAACACUCUGCCAAGAAACGCCCGUUGGAAGAUUUCAAAUAUUGUUUAUAGAGAUCUUUUGUAUCGUACUUUUGAUUUUUAACAAUUAUAGUUUUGAUACAUUGUUUUUUAUUCUUUGGUAGUUUAUUUUUCAAAUUUAAUACAGGUUUUUUUUUAACCUGUCAUAUCUGUAUAAGGUGCCUUGAUGAUACAUAAUUGCUAAAACCUUGCCUACAUCGUUUGCUUGAUAUCAUAUUUGGAUGUUAUUACUUAUUUGUUACAAUAAGGACCCCAUUGAAAACAAGCAGCUGUGCUUUAAUGGGAUAUCCUUAGGUGCAAAUCAAUACAAAGAUACUGUGAUAAUCAUUGUAUCUAUUUAAUAUAAACUUCAAGUCUUCGAAAUUACAUGAUAUUUUACGAGCAUACUGUAUAUGGAAACAUGUAUUUAUAUUUCAUUGAUCUUGUCAGGUAAAAUGCUAUUUAUAUCACCCUGUGUAAUACAUUGAUUUUUAACCCAAAUAAAUCUAUCUAUUUUUGA